CGAACGACUUGUUGGAAGUAGACAUGGUCGAAAAAGGCACGCAAGGUGACAGCACUGAAGACAACUUGUUUAACCGAACAAGCAACUCCUACAACGGCAACAUUUUUAAUAUCAAUUCGUCACUUGUAACGAAACUGAUACUGAAUCAGCAACAGCAGGAAGAUCUUUUACGCAGCAACUCGACUGGCACUGAUGCCCCCUCUUUACUGGAGCAAUGCCAGCAGCUCACCCAAGAAGAGUUGCAGCAGGUGAGGUUACUGUACCAACAUUAA